ACCCCGUCCAAACCAAAAAGAAAAACGACUGCGUCAGAGAUGGAACAUCGAGAUCUUGAUGUACAACCCUGCAUCUACCUCCUCGAUACCAGAACCUCCCCUUGCCCCCUCAAAACACCUCCUCAAACCCCGCCUCACCUCGUCAUCCUCCUCCCCGUAUUACUCGGAUUACUCCCCGCCCUACUCGGCAGAUCCGACCUCCGCGACAGCACCGACGACCCCUGGCUCUCCCCCUCUCCCUCACUCUCAUCACUCUCAUCCGCUAGAUACACCGUCACCUUCUUCGCGGCCUUCGUCGCCAGAUCCUUCUUCGGCUUAACCCCCUUCUUCGGCACCGCCUCCCCCUUCUUCGCCGGCCUCGUCGUCGUCUUCGUCUUAGCCGCAGCCGCCUUCGGCUUCGCCCCCACCGCCGUCUUCGGCUUCGGCUUCGGCGCCGGCACAACCGUCCCUUCGAACCUCUCGAACCGCCGUCCCGCGCGCGCUCCCCGCCCGGCCACUAGAGCAUUGUGAGCGGCUGCUGCGUCGGCGUCCUCCUGCGCUUUGCGCGCCACUUCGGCGGCGGCGUUGGCG